UUCUCUCACUAGUGAUGAGACAAUUAAGAAAAAUUGUUAUUUUGUUUUCUGUAUAAUUAAUACGUAAAUAACUUUUUCAAUCAAACCAUUUUUUUGCAGAUCAACUAAUUUGGUCGACAAUGAACAUCAUAAUUGGGAUUUUUGUUGUUAUUUUGAUGUUAACUGUAUAUCAAGUUAAUGGUAUUGACUUUAAGGACUGUGGCGCUACAACAGGUGUAGUCUCAUCCAUCACAGUAUCCGACUGUCCACCGACGGCACAGUCGUGUGCUUUUAAGUCGGGAAACAAUGAGACGAUUGACGUGAAAUUUAAAUCAGAAAUUGAUUCAAACACAGCAAGUGUUAAAAUAUGGGGAAUCAUUGCUGGCGUACCAAUCCCAUUUAAUUUGCCCAGCGAUGCCUGCGGUCACUAUAACAUUAAGUGUCCGAUUAAUAAGGACAACAAUUAUGAGUUGACGGUAACGGUGCCCAUAUUGAGUCAAUACCCGAAGAUAAAACUUGAUGUAAGGGUUGCACUAAUGGACUCUAAUAAAAGCAAAAUAUUUUGUGAACAAUUUCCCGUUCAAAUCCAAUAAAAUAUUUCAUAAUAAUAAUCAUAAUUAUAAUGACUGUUAAAAACUUCUGUUAAAAUUUAAAAAAUAUUGUAAAAUUAUUUAUAAGUUUAUAAUAUGCUAUCAAACUAAUUGAAAAAUAUAUACAAUAAAAUUUAAAUUUUUUGUUAAA